GGCACGGCGCGGGCGCCAUGUUGGAGCGUCGCUGAGCGCGGGGUCUUGCUGUGAGCGCGGCCCGGUCUGCGCGGGACUGGGGCGGGGGAGCCGCGCGGAGCCGCGGGGGAAUCGCCCGGGCGGAUCAUGGACGUCGAGAGGCUGCAGGAGGCGCUGAAAGAUUUUGAGAAGAGAGGAAAGAAGGAAGUGUGUCCAAUACUGGAUCAGUUUCUUUGUCAUGUUGCUAAGACUGGAGAGACGAUGGUUCAGUGGUCUCAGUUUAAAGGCUAUUUUAUUUUCAAACUGGAGAAAGUCAUGGAUGAUUUCAGAACCUCAGCUCCUGAACCAAGAGGGCCCCCCAAUCCAAACGUGGAAUAUAUUCCCUUUGAAGAGAUGAAAGAAAGAAUCCUGAAAAUUGUUACUGGAUUUAAUGGCAUCCCCUUCACUAUCCAGCGACUCUGUGAGUUGCUGACAGAUCCUAGGAGGAAUUACACAGGAACAGACAAAUUCCUAAGAGGUGUGGAAAAGAAUGUCAUGGUUGUCAGCUGUGUAUAUCCAUCUUCAGAGAAAAACAAUUCCAGUAGUUUGAAUCGGAUGAAUGGUGUUAUGUUCCCCGGGAACUCACCAGGGUACACUGACAGAUCGAAUGUAAAUGGCCCUGGGACCCCCAGACCCGUGAGUCGGACGAAGGUUUCCUUGUCAGCUCCCAUGACAACCAACGGUUUGCCAGACAGCACAGAGCAUAAAGAGCCCAGCUUGCAGCAAACAGAGGAGAAGAAACACAGUGAAUCACCAGCGUCUGAAUCAGAAGGUGCUCAGAGCAGCCCUGUGAAAAAUAAGCACUCUGAGGAUGAUCCUGCAGAAGCAGAAGGACAUGAGGUAAAAAGACUUAAAUUUGACAAGGAAGGGGAAGCCAGAGAUGCACCAAACCAAACUGCCUCCAGUGAAGUCUCUUCAGGCAUGGGGGAAGAGACAGAAGCAUCCUCUACAUCUCAGGAUAAAGAAAAAGAUGCUUCCUGUGCCAGACAGCACUGUACAGAGGAAGAGGAGGAAGAGUCCUUCAUGUCUCCCAGGAGCGUCGGUGCGGACAGAAAGGAUCCAGACAAAGACAGUGACUCCUCGGGUGUGGCCGAAGGGAGCUCUGAGGAGAGCAGUGCCAUGGAGGAGUCAGAGCAGCCACGGGCACAGAAGGAUUUGCACUCAGCUGACAGUGACACCAGUGCAUCUGCCACCAGUGGAGCUGGCUGCAGUGACACAGAAGAGCUGGGCUCCUAUGCCAGUGAAACUCCAGAAAACUCCUCAGAGACCCCGAUGGAAAACAGUGACGAAGCCACAGAAGCUGCAGAUGAACCUAUGGAGCAAGACUAAUUUAAAUAAACUUAGAGGCGGUAUUUUCCAUAAGGCUCCGGUUUUACACUGUAUAAAUAAUUUUAUGUAAUAAAGUGGACCUUUAGUUUUACAAAAAGAAGCAGGUUGUAAAAUAAACUUCUCCAUGGAUUGAACCUUGAAAGAGUUGUACGUGAUAAGAACUGUGAAUACCAGCUCCUUCAGGUCCUGCUUACCGCUGAACUUUCGUUUGGUCAAAUCAGUGGUUUGUGUAUAGUUUUUUUUAUUUAGAAUAAAAGUUUUUAAACUGGAAGGUAAUUAUAAUUUUGACAACUUUUUUGGAGAUCACCACACCUAGUUGUAUGUAAGCAAGAAAGCUUUUUGUCUUGUCUUUUUCUGACAGCUCUAGCAGUUACUUCACUUUUUGGUUACAGUUUCAGCAUUUGACAUGUGAAAUUCGGGGUUUCAGGCUGGUUUCUGGAUUUUUAUUUAAAUACACACCAAGGAACCUUCUGUUGCGUGUUUCAAAUGUGUUCCAUUUCACACACACAUCUCCACACAGC